AUGGCUCUUCGCACAUCGACUUUGGCUAGGGAAGUACCAAGAGAGAAUGAAUCUAAUAACCGGCAUGGCAGUCUACUGAGGCAGCUUGCUAGUUCGGGUGUAUCGAAGGAAAAGAUACGCGCAGAGCUGUUAAGCGUCUUGAUAGCUGCAAGAGACACCACCUCGAAUCUAUUGGGUAAUCUCUUCUUUAUCCUUGCACGAAGACCAGAUAUCUGGACCAAGAUUCGAGAUGAAGUUAAGCAUCUAGACACAAAUGAACCAACAUACGAGCAGCUUCGCCAUCUCACAUAUGCUAAGUACUGCAUCAACGAAUCACUACGCCUCCAUCCUCCUGUCCCUAGCAAUGGCCGUAUGGCAUAUCGGGAUACGAUUCUUCCCCAUGGUGGCGGCCCAAAUGGUGAUCAUCCUAUUCAUGUUCCAAAGGGCUCCAUGGUGAAUUACACUGUCUACGCCAUGCAUCGUCGUAAAGAUCUGUAUGGCCAAGAUGCUGGGGAAUUUCGUCCCGAGAGAUGGGAGUCUCUCAGACCUUCAUGGUUCUUCUUGCCUUUCAAUGGGGGCCCACGCAUUUGUCUUGGUCAACAAUAUGCCAUUACCGAGUCUCUGCUGGUUAUAAUGCGGUUUGCUCAAGAGUUCACAUCAAUUCAAUCGAUGGACCCAAAGCCUUGGACUAAGGAGAUUGCGCUUGGUUGUGGCAAUGCCAAUGGUGUCUAUGUUUCAUUCCAGAAAUUAAAGUAA